CUUUAUUUACAAAAAAUAAAAAUUGAAAUUUUCACGAUUAAUAUAAAAUUUUCCAAUAAAAAAUGGUUUUAGCAGAUUUAGGUCGUAAAAUAACAACGGCACUGCACUCAUUGAGUAAAGCCACAAUCAUCAAUGAAGAGGUUUUAAAUGCUAUGCUAAAAGAGAUUUGCACAGCACUAUUGGAAGCUGAUUGUAACAUAAGAUUAGUCAAACAAUUACGUGAGAAUGUCAAGGCAGUUAUUGAUUUCGAGGAGAUGGCUGGUGGAUUAAAUAAAAGACGAAUGAUCCAGUCAGCUGUUUUCAAAGAGCUUGUCAAGCUCGUCGAUUCCGGAGUAAAGCCAUACCAGCCAGUGAAAGGUCGACCGAAUAUUAUAAUGUUUGUAGGACUUCAAGGAUCUGGAAAGACCACAACAUGUACAAAGCUUGCUUACUAUUAUCAAAAGAAAAAUUGGAAAUCAUGUCUAGUUUGUGCUGAUACAUUUCGUGCUGGAGCAUACGAUCAAAUUAAACAAAAUGCCACAAAGGCACGCAUUCCAUUCUACGGAAGUUAUACAGAAGUUGAUCCUGUCGUGAUUGCACAGGAAGGUGUUGAAAUGUUUAAAAAGGAAGGCUUUGAAUUCAUCAUUGUCGAUACUAGUGGACGUCACAAGCAAGAAGAAUCACUUUUCGAGGAGAUGUUGGCUGUCGCUAAUGCUGUAAAUCCAGACAAUAUAAUAUUCGUUAUGGAUGCGACAAUUGGUCAAGCUUGCGAGGCACAAUCUAGAGCAUUUAAGGAGAAAGUCAAUGUUGGUUCUGUAAUUAUUACAAAAUUAGACGGUCAUGCUAAGGGUGGUGGUGCUUUAUCAGCUGUAGCAGCUACAAAAAGUCCAAUUAUAUUUAUCGGAACUGGCGAACACAUCGAUGAUUUAGAACCGUUUAAGACAAAACCAUUUAUCAGUAAAUUACUUGGUAUGGGAGACAUUGAGGGACUUAUUGAUAAAGUUAAUGAACUUAAACUUGAUGAUAAUGAGGAACUGCUUGAGAAAAUUAAGCAUGGACAAUUCACAAUUCGUGAUAUGUACGAACAAUUUCAGAAUAUCAUGAAAAUGGGUCCUUUUUCACAAAUUAUGAGCAUGAUUCCUGGAUUUUCACAAGAUUUCAUGUCAAAAGGAAGUGAACAAGAGUCCAUGGCGAGAAUAAAGAAACUUAUGACAAUGAUGGAUAGUAUGUGUGAUGGUGAAUUGGAUCAUAGAGAAGGUGCAAAAUUAUUCAGUAAGGAAAAGACUCGAGUAUCUCGUGUGGCUAGAGGAUCUGGCGUAACAGAACGUGAAGUACAGGAUCUUAUUUCACAAUAUACUAAAUUUGCCGCGGUCGUAAAAAAAAUGGGAGGCAUUAAAGGAUUAUUCAAGAGCGGCGAUGUCACCAAGAAUGUAAAUCCCACACAAAUGGCAAAAUUAAAUCAACAGAUGGCAAAAAUGAUUGAUCCAAGGAUGCUUCAACAGAUGGGUGGAAUGUCAGGACUUCAAAAUAUGAUGCGACAGUUACAGCAAGGCGGUAUGAGCGGUUUACAAAAUAUGAUGGGGGGCUUUGGUGGAAAAUCAUAAUGCAAUUAAUUCCAACCAUCAAUUUGAUUCCGGAUAAAAUAAUCGAGAUAAUUUUUUUACAUGCAAAUUUAUUUCUGUUUCCUACAUAUUAUGUUGUCCUAGUUGUAUAAAAAAAUUAUUAAAAACAUUUUUCAUGCAUAAAAUAAACAACACGCAUUUUUGAAUCGUCUGGGAAUGAGUUGCGUCCUAUUUUAUUUAUGGAACAUAAUUACACAACAUCGAAUGAUUGAUUAAUUAUAAUGACUAGAUAUGGUCUUACGGUAGAGCACGAUUAAUGAUAGGAAACAAGGCAUGGCGAAAAUCAUUUUGAA